GGAGCUCUGUAUGUGGGAGCCCUCAAAUACAGUUGCUGCAGAAACCCUGACUCUAUCCAGCUUCAGGCCCUCAGGCCCAUCUACCCUGGCCCUGCCCGGCCAUAGUCCCCUGCCGCCCCCUGCUGGCCACCCCAGCCCUCGGGCACCUCCUGCCCACCUCACCGGGCUGCGUCCCCACCAGGGUCUGAGGUCUAAGGUCCCGCUUGUCUUUCUCAGGCCCGGAAGCAACCACCCCUGCCACCAUGCACUCCUUGGAUGAGCCGCUGGACCUGAAACUGAGCAUCAGCAAACUGCGCGCAGCCCGAGAGAAGAGGGAACGGGCGCUGAGCGUGGUGCGGCCCCGAGCCCUGCACAGAGAGCUCGGCCUGCUGGAUGACAGCCCCAAGCCUGGCUCCCCCGGCUCCCCGCCCUCAGGUUUCCUGCUGAACCCCAAGUUUUCUGACAAAGUAGAGGGACGCUUUUCUGCUGCUCCUCUGGUGGACCUCAGCUUGUCCCCUCCUUCUGGGCUAGACUCCCCCAACGGCAGCAGCUCUCUGUCCCCUGAGCGCCAGGGCAACGGGGACUUGCCUGCAAUGCCCACAGCCCCGGACUUCCAGCCCAUGCGCUAUCUGGACGGCAUCCACAGCUCUUUCCAGUUCUUUCUGCCUUUGGGAUCUGGGGGUGCCCUGCGCCUGCCUGCUUCCUCCUUCCUCAGCACCCCCAAGGACAAGUGCCUCUCACCAGAGCUCCCCUUGCCCAAGCAGCUGGUGUGCCGCUGGGCCAAGUGUAACCAGCUGUUCGAGCUUCUGCAAGACCUGGUGGAUCACGUCAAUGAUGACCAUGUCAAGCCCGAGAAGGACGCGGGCUACUGCUGCCACUGGGAGGGCUGUGCCCGCCACGGCCGUGGCUUCAAUGCCAGGUACAAGAUGCUCAUUCACAUCCGCACACACACCAAUGAGAAGCCACACCGCUGUCCCACCUGCAGCAAGAGCUUUUCCCGCCUGGAGAAUCUGAAGAUCCACAACCGGUCACACACAGGGGAGAAGCCAUAUGUGUGUCCCUACGAGGGCUGCAGCAAGCGCUACUCCAACUCCAGUGACCGCUUCAAGCACACACGCACCCACUACGUGGACAAGCCCUACUACUGCAAGAUGCCUGGCUGCUGCAAACGCUACACCGACCCCAGCUCGCUGCGCAAGCACAUCAAGGCCCACGGCCACUUCGUGUCGCACGAACACCAAGAGCUCCUGCACCUGCGGCCACCCCCCAAAGCCCCCCUGCCCACCCCCGACGGCAGCCCCUACAGUGGGGCGCAGAUCAUCAUCCCCAACCCUGCUGCCCUCUUUGGAGGGCCUGGCUUACCUGGCCUGCCCUUGCCCCUAGCCCCCGGCCCCCUAGACCUCAGCGCCCUGGCCUGCAGCAACAAUGGUGGUGGGGGCCCCUCUGGCAGCCUGGGCCCGGGCCUUCCUGGCCCUGUCCUGCCCCUCAAUCUGGCUAAGAACCCACUGCUGCCCUCGCCCUUCGGGUCUGGCGGGCUAGGCCUGCCCGUGGUCUCCCUCCUCGCUGGUUCCGCUGGCGGCAAGGCAGAGGGGGAGAAGCGAGGGGCAGUGCCCUCGAGGGCCACGGGGCUGGAAGGCCGGGAGACACCCCUAGAGAGAACUGAAGGGGGGCGCUCCAGGCCUAGUCCAGAUGCGCUGCCCCUGCUGCCGAGCACUGCGCUGGACCUGUCCACCAGCGUCAGCUCGGUCAGCAGCCCUGAGGCCAUGGCGCCCGGCUGGGUGGUUAUCCCGCCCGGCUCUGUGCUGCUGAAGCCGGCCGUAGUGAACUGAGCCCACCCAGUGCCCAGCUCAGGCCCCAGACGAACGGAAAUUCUUCUGCGAAAUAGCAAUAAAGUACCCCACCUCGCCAGCAAGCAGGGACGGUGCUAGGUCAGCCCUGGCAUGCUGAGCCAGGGGAGGUCUGUGCUCCCAGGUGCUGACCCAACCCCCGUCUUGGUGCUCCCUCACCUCAUGGUGACCCUGGGUGAGCAGGUGGUUGCCUGCCCCUGCCAAGUGCACCCACCCUCCAUGAGGCUUGGAGCACACUCCCACCCUCACCCCUGCUGAGCUGGGGGGGGCAUGUCUCUGGGGGCCCCCUGGACGACUUUUCCUUCUGACCCACCCUCUGAAGGAAAGCAAGACAGACGCAGGCCCUGGCAAUGCCACAGGAAGCAGCAACACUCCCAUGACAAGGUGCCUCCCACCCCCCCGGGAGACCUGCUCUGCCUCUGCCACCCCAGACCCGCUGCUGCCCGCAGCACCCACAAGCCACCUGGAACUGCCCUCCUGGUCCCUGUGAGCCCUCAUUGCAGGCCUCCCCACUCCUUCGGAGCGCCCCAGGAGCUGGGGGAGGAGACCCCCAACUCAGGGAACAGGUGGGGCUGGUGGGGCCUAGUCUUGUUGGGGGUAUCCCAUCCCUCCACACCCAGAACAAGGGGGCUUAGAGUCCCCACAGAGUGUAG